AUGAGGUUCAACUUAAGCCAUGUGUUUCUUUUGGGACACUUAUGGUUCAGCGGCAUUGUGCUUGCUGACAGCAACUCCAAGCUCGCUAUACAAUUCUCAGAUGCUGAAAUACCUCCUCAAGUGGCCCAAAAGCUAGAGAAUUCAAUGUCCAUUCUGAAUACGUCACCGUCGAUGUGCGAUUAUAAAAGCGAUGUGGGAUCGUAUGAAAUUCUCCGGUCGAAUAAUCGACAGUAUCUAUGCCAUAUUCCAGAGAAAAGCCUGUACUGGUCAAAUAACACAUUAUCGGUUCCAUCUUCCAAUCUCACAUACGAGCUCCGCAACGAUGCCAAUUUUAUACGUCGAGCCAUAGAUCAGAUCUUUGCGUCGUUCAGCCUCAAGGAAUGUGUUUAUGUGUACAAUUUCAACUCGGGAUACUGGACGUAUGCGUUUUGUUUUGGUGAUAAAAUCAUCCAGUUUCAUGAGAACUUGCAACGCUUUUUCAAAACGGGCCAACACGAGCCUGAAUUCCCAGACUACGUGUAUGUCCUCGGACGAUUCAAGAACGAAGACAAUUCCAAAUGGCGGUCGAAUUCCAGAGCCAAUGAGAAAAUCAAAAACCAGUCCCUCUGGAAGGGUAACAAUCUCGAUGUCUCCGAGUUCACCAUUAUCGACAGCGAUGUCAGCCCAUUCACCAACGGACACUUGUCAGAAUCGCGGAGCCAGCGAUAUAUCCAGCACACGUUGAAAAUGGGUGGAAUUUGCGAUCUUACCAAUGAGCCUCGUUCGGUCGAUGUGAUGUACAAGUGCGACCCCAAUAACCGAGGAAUGGUGGAGAUUGUUGACAUUCAAGAGGUUAAGACUUGUCAUUAUCAGAUGACCGUGUCGCUUCCACGACUCUGUAGUAUUCCUGAGUUCCGCCCUAAUGAUGUUGAGGACAGAGUCACAACCAUCAAUUGCAAAAGUAUUGGUGAACAGCAUGAAAACUCCACUGAACUCGACUUUUACCAAUACAAAGAACACCAUGACCUAACGUACCAGUUCCCCGUUCGAAAGAGCUCCAAGAUCUCAUUUGCGGAUGUUCAAUUGGUACCACUUGGCUUAGGUUUCUCCAUUGCUAGUUUCAAGAAGGAACUAGAUACACCAAGCUUAUAUUUGAAACACCGUCACAUACUCAUUUAUAAUGGUCUCCCAAAGAACCAACGUGACUUCAUGCGGCAUAUAAGUCUUGCUUUCGAGCAGCUGAUGGGUUCCAUAAUGCUAGCACCGGUUUUCGAUGAAGAUGUUCAGCCUCCACUACAGUUCCUGGAUACCUUCAUUCUCUGGUUUGAAAUCUACGACUUUUACGGCCAGUUCCUCACCAUGGUGAGAGUAGAGCGGGACGGCACAGAGGAGAAGAAAUUGCUCUACAUUUCCUUGGUAGAUCCAGAAACAAUGCUUGAUCAGGAUGGAGACUUGGUGGAGGUGAAGAGUAUGCAGGCACCUAAUGGGGCAUGGAACUAUGAACUAUUCACUCGAUUAUUAGAUACCGCUACGUUUACAGAAACGAGCACUGUGAUUGUAAUAGAGACAGCGACCGGGGUACCGGAAAAUGUGGCAGCAACACUGGAGCUAAAUCACGAUGAACUAUAG